AUGUGGCGACAUGCGUUGCAGCUGUUGGGCCAGAUGGCGGAAAGUGACCUUGAGGCGAGCACCAUCACCUACUCGGCAGCCAUCAGCGCCUGCGACUACUCGGGCCUGUGGGAAGUUGCAUUGGACCUGCUGGGCACCAUGGUGGAGCUUGAGGUGGCCGUGGACGGCAUCGCCCACGCCGCCGCCGUCAGCGCCUGCGCGACAGGCGGCCAGUGGCUCGCCGCGCUGCAGCUGCUGCGGCGCGCGGAGGGUGCGCCGUUCAACGGCGACCGCACCAUGCUGUACAACGCGGCCAUCGCCGCGUGCUCCGAGGACGCGCCGUGGGAACACGCUGUGGAGUUGUUCCAGGCCCUGCCGCAGCAGAAGCGCACCGAUGUCACGUACAGUGAGAUGCUCAGAGCGUAUGGUCGUGGCGGCGGCUGGCACCAUGCUCUGGAACUGCUCGGUUCGAUGGCGAACGCCCAGGUCGAGGUGGACGGAGCGAGGUACAUCGUAGCGAACGGGGCUUGCAGUAGGACACCGGCGAGUCCGCCGCCGGCUGGGCCCGUGGGCUGCGGCUGCUGGGCCACGCCCUGCUGGUGCCGGCGCACGACGAGGCUCAGGUCCUGA